AUGGAGGGUAAUCACAGUGGCUUGGCUGGAAGCACACAGCCGUCUCUGUCAGAAGAACAGACAGAGGGGCACAUUUUUGAGGUUGCGGUGCAGAGCAACUCCACCAAUCGCAGCUCCCAGUUUGCAGAUGUGGCCCUGCUGCAAAAGUUCAAGCCUCUCAUCAUCCCCAGUUAUGUGCUUGUGGUGGUGGUGGGUGUCCUUGGGAAUUACCUGCUGCUCUAUGUCAUCUGCCGAACCCGCAAGAUGCACAACGUCACCAACUUCUUCAUCGGAAACUUGGCCUUUUCUGACAUGCUCAUGUGUGUGACUUGUGUCCCCUUUACUCUUGCCUACGCCUUCAACCCACAUGGUUGGGUUUUUGGCCGCUCAAUGUGCUAUCUGGUGUUCCUCAUCCAACCUGUCACAGUCUAUGUUUCAGUCUUCACACUCACUGCUAUUGCUGUGGACAGAUAUUAUGCAACAGUUCAUCCCUUAAAGAAGCGCACCUCUGUGGCUACUUGUGCUUCUAUCCUCACUGGCAUCUGGCUGCUGUCCUGUGGGCUGGUAGCUCCAGCAGUGACCCACACCUACCAUGUAGAGUUUAAAGAGGAAGGCUUCACCAUCUGUGAGGAGUUCUGGUUGGGACAAGAGAAAGAGAGACGGGCCUAUGCAUACAGCACUCUGCUGGUCACGUAUGUCCUGCCAUUGUCAGCUGUCUUUGUCUCUUAUCUCUGCAUUACUGUCAAACUGAGGAACUGUGUUGCACCAGGCCACAGGACACAAGACCAGGCAGGUGCUCAACGAGCCCGUAAGAGAAAGAUCUUUCGCUUGGUUGCACUUUUGGUGUCUGCCUUUGCAGUGUGCUGGCUUCCUAUUCAUGUGUUCAAUGUGCUGAGAGACAUAGACAUUCACCUCAUUAACAAGCGCUACUUUUUACUUAUACAACUGCUGUGCCACCUGUGUGCCAUGAGCUCAUCUUGCUGUAACCCCUUCCUCUAUGCAUGGCUACAUGACCGCUUCCGCACUGAGUUACGGAAGAUGUUCAAGUGCAAUCAUCGCAUUGGAGUGCCUGCCAACCACUGUGCUGCCAGUGUGGUCUUGUAA